UGUUCAUCGCACUUGUCAAACAUCAUGGAAAUUCCAAAACAUUGGAAAAGAACGAUUAUUUAUUGCGACAUAACAACAGACAUAGUCAAUGAUAAAUUAGUCAGCUACAUAUAUACAUGAUGAAAAUAAGUGGUUUAUACCUAACCAAACAAUUGACUAUAUUAGUGUGCAUAAGUAGUGUAAGCCAUGCGGUAAAUGUUGAUGGAGGGAGCUUUUCACAGGUUCUUACAGACAUAGCCAAUAACGCUUUAGGAGUUAAUAAAGUACAGGAACAUUAUAGCAGGCUACGUUACACGAACUCUUUAUUGGAUGGGGAAGGACUAGUAACAGAGAUCUCGGCUUCCUUAAGUACCAAAUUUGAUGGGCCUAUUCAAGCUUUGAUGAGAAUCAAACAAGCCGUUGAAGAGGACAUAGACAGUUUUCCAAGCUUUACAUCAAUGCCCCAAUGCUGUCAUGCAACGGGACUUACUUACAGCAGUCAGUUCAGAACAAAGGUUAACAUGAACCAAGCCUGUGUCACAAUAUCAUCCUAUUCUUCGCCAGAACGGACAUUCCCGACAACUAAAAUACAAGAUGUGAUGAAAGAAAACCAUGAGCGUAAUCCAAACCUUAAAUGGCAGUACUUUGGGAAGGAGGAUGGAAUUUAUUUAAACUAUCCAUCCUUAAAGCUAAAUGAUUGUUCCAAUUACGAUCCAAGAUUCAGACCAUUUUAUGUUUCCACGGCAACCCCAGUUCAGAAGGAUGUAGUGGUUGUUAUUGAUAAAUCUGGAUCCAUGAAUUCCUUGCAUAAUUCUAAGACAUUACUACAGAUAGCCAAAGAAGCUGCCAUAUCAGUCCUGGAAACACUUAAUCCAAAUGACAGGUUUGGGGUAGUAGCUUUCAGCUCCUCUGCAAACAUACUAGGAUCUAGUAUAAUUGGCAGAGCGUGUCAUGGAACAGAAUUAGCAAAAGCCACACCCCUUAAUAUUAAAUUCAUGAAGAGUCAAGUUAGUAUAAUCAGAAGCGGCGGAUCUACUAAUUAUGAAGCAGCAAUGAAAGCAGCAUUCAAGUUGUUUGUGAACACGGUAGACAUAUCUGUCGAUAGAGGAAAAGUUAUUCUGUUUUUAACUGAUGGCGAAAAAACUGCUGGUGGAGAACCACUUGAAGUUAUAAAGGAAGAAAAUAAAAAGAUGAACAACUGCGUUGUGAUAUUGACAUAUGGUCUUGGACAACAAUUAAGUACAAAUGCCAUACAGAUGUUGAAAGAUAUGGCCGCUCAGACAAGAACUGAUGUUAGUUAUGGUGAAAUACAGAUCGGCGAAUUCAAGCACAUUAAUAAUCCUGACUUCCUCAGAUCUUCGAUGGCAUCAUAUUAUAAUCGUUUCAGUAGCAAUGAAGAAAUUCAGAACCCAAUCUUUUCUGUACCAUACCAGGAUUUGUUUGGGAUAGUAGAUGCGAAAAAUGUUGGUUUAGACUCGCUAAAGUUUAGAGUAAUAACCUUUCUUUUGUAUUAUUAUAAUUGUCUAUUUUUUAAUUACAAUGUAAUUAUAGGUUUAAUUUCUUCUAUAUGCCUGCCUGUCUAUAGACCUGGUGGGGAAUUGGUGGGCGUGGCAUGUUCUGAUGCGACUGUCAGUGACAUCAUGUCUGAUAUUUCAUACUUUAGACAAGGAGAGUUAUCAUAUGCAUUCGUCAUUGAUGGAACAGGGAGAACUCUCAUUCAUCCAUUGUUACCAUUGCCCGAUAGUGUGAAGGAUGACCCAAUUUAUGUAAACAUUGAACAUUUAGAACGAUCUACAUCAGCUACCAUGGUUAUAGAAUCAAUGAAAAUUGGAAACACAGGAAAUGAAACAUUUUAUUCGAAAAGGACAGUCCCCCGGGGUAACAUGCUGUAUGAGGGAAUUGAAACUGAAAAUGUCCUGUCACAUUAUUAUUGGAAACCAGUCAGCCAGAGUAAUUUUUCAGUGUGUAUUGUCGUUGGUGAUAACGAUAAACAGCCUAUACUAGACCCCCAGACUGUUACACAAGACAGUUUUGUUUAUCAUCGAUUGGACUAUACCACAGCAGAAGGGUCAAACUGCCGACAUUUUACACGGUUGGGUACAAAAGAUAAAUCUGUUGUUAUGUUGACUCCUGGUGCAUUCCUAGAGCCAUUCAAUUACCUAAAUGUAGAUGAAACUAAAGCAAUGAUUACCAAGUAUGAAGAUUUUUUAACAGGGAAAAAUGUCCUGAAUAAUCCAGGGUUAAAGGAAUCCAUAUUAAAUUCUGUUUCCUCGACUUAUCCUGCUGAAAAUAUCUGGAAGACUAGUGGAGAGUUAUCUGAAUUUGUUGUAUGGCGAUAUAUCGGUACAGCAGAUGGGGUGAUGAGACUGUAUCCUGGUGUUGAAUUACCUAAAAACUAUGACCACACAAGAAGGGCAUGGUAUAAAAGAACUUUAGCUCUAAAAGGAAAGGUUGUGUUGUCUGCUCCAUACCUCGAUCUUUGGGGAUCUGGGUACCUGAUAACACUAAGUAAAACUAUUACAGAAGGGAGUGGAAGUGGACCAGCAUCUGGUCAGACUGUAGCAGUGAUUGGGACAGAUUUUACAAUCAACUAUUUUUAUCAGAUGAUGCAGAACACUUACUCAGAUUGUCAAAAUACCCAACACUACAGUUGUUUUGUAUUAGACAGCAGUGGUUACAUUGUUAUACAUGAAGACUUUGCUAAUCCUGAUGCUACCUCACCCAAAAUAGAAAAUGUUCAUGUAAUUUACAAGGAAAGUGCAAUAGCUGAAGACCUAUUAAACAAUAAUAUGAUGAAUAAAGAAUCAUGCAUUGAUUUUGAAACUAUCAAGGAGCAGUUUACAUACAGGGUUGCAACAAAUGGUAAUGAUAGAAUGAAUUCAUAUGCUAAAUACAAGAUAGAUCCAGUUCCUAACAGUAAUAUAUUUAUGGUCAUAAGACAGAGAGUCCACACAGCUUCUACAAGGUGUUGCAGUAUUUACGGAAUAUCACCUGAUUCGCAUAAAUGCAACUCCAAAUCAUGUGACUGUUUGUGUUACAAAGAUGCAGAUUUUGAUUAUUGCAAAAAUACAUACACUUUGUUAGGUGAUGCUGCACAAACAUGUAGUCCUAGAGACCCAGAGCUCCAGACAGAAAAUCUGAAUGACGAACAAAAGAUUCAAAAUCUUCAAUUUUGCUUUGAUCCUAAAUGCUCCACAAGAACACAGAAAUCGGAUUGUUUUGGAGUGGCUGGAUGUAGUUGGUGUGUUAGGGAUUCCAAUGACCAGGAACUACAACAGCCGUAUUGUGCCUUACAGAGUAUCUGCUACUUUGGACAAGUUGGAUCUAAAGACCCAUAUGAUAAUUGUGUUGAAGAUAACUGUAACACUAAAGAAGAUGGAGGCCUAGAAGGUGAAGCGAUAGCUGGCAUUGUCAUCGGUGUAUUGGUGAUUGUCAUCAUUGCAUUUUGUGUCAUUAGACAUAUCACAGCCAAAUCCAGUAUAUCAUCUUCCAAUGAAAGGCCAAUUUGCCCAACUGAACCAACAGCUACACGACAGACAAAUGCUCAUGACUAUCCAGCAUUUAGAUCACAAAAUCAAAGUUCAUCAGAAAGACCCUAUUGUCAGUACACGGUUCCCAACGCUCCCUUAGAACAUCCUCCACCAUAUUCUGCAGUGGUUUCUAACGGAGGUCAGCCACAUCAUGGGUAUCCAAAUAAUUCCUAUUUGGGAAUCGAAAAAAGAUCAUAUAUGUAAUAAAUGAUAUGAUUUGUAUCACUGAACAUAAAUUAUUUAUCAAGUAAAUAUUUUUUAUUUGUAUGGACAAAUAUUGGAAUACUGUACACUUAUUGUCAUUUGAUUUUGGGUUAUGUAUUGUCGUUGGGUUAUAAGUACUUAUAUACGUGACACAUUAUUAUUCCUGAAAAGGAAUGUACACUUAUUCCACUGUUCACUUGCAGCUCUUGAGGAGUGAUCUGAUUAACAAAGGAAUCUCAGUUCAAUUAUACAAUUACAUGAUGCUCUGUAUUCUCAUUUGAUAUUGGUUUAGGGUGCAAUCAACAGUUUUUUUCUAUGACGUCAUAUUUUAAGGGACCAUGUCUAAGUGACCCUAAGUGGGGGAAUGGUUAAUAAAGAUACUUGUAUAAAACUAGAUAUCACUGGAAUCAGAAUUGUCUCUAGUUUAUAUUGAAAUAAAAAUAUAGUGUACUUUUAGUAUAGUAAAAAAGUUCUAUCCAGAGAAAAUGGGGAAAAGUUGCCUAAUCUGAACAUAAAAAACCUGAAAUCAGCUCAUGUGCAUACCCAUGUAAACAUGAUACAGGCACAUUUCCCAUAAUCAAAACUGUAUGAAAUUCAUAGGUUUUUACCUGCCCUUUAAUAACAAUCAUGUUUCAGGGUACGGUUUCCUGCUUCGAAAAGAGCUACAGUGGCUGCAAAUAAGUUUUCAAUUUUCACCGCCAAAAUAACAGGAUGUUUACAGUGUUGUCUUCCCUCAAAACUUGUAUAUUUAAUCUAAUUUUUAAAAUUAUUUUAAUCAUUUAACCUGUUUAAAUUGAAAGCUAAUUAACUAAUUUAUACAAUCAAAUACAAAAAACAUGAUACUUUUUCACCAAUUAUAUGAAUAAAAACGGAUUUCCCUCCAUGGUUAUUUUUAGUCGGGGAAUAACCCCUAGUUUUUUAUACGAAACUGUUUAUAGCACCCUUAGUUGUUAUAGUACCCUGCCCCCUCAGUCAAGGUCUAUUGGCUUUGAAACGAAUGCUUAGUUUAGUAUUAGUUUGUGAUUAGGUCAGUUAAUGGGGAACAAUUAGUGGUAGGUCAAUGAUAUUUGAUAUUCAGUUGUAUUACCAUUGGCACAUCUCAUUUUUAUGGAGAUUGUUUGGCCCUGUACCUUAGGUCAUGGUUCAUUGACUUUGAAUAUUUUGCAUAACUUACUUAGUUAAAAUAUUGCUAUUUUAAUUUCAAUAUUUUAAUUCUACUUUCAAAAUAUCAAAAAGGCGAGACAUAUUUCUGUGUUAAUAGUUUUAUUAUUUUAUUUGAAGACAAGUCAUUUAACUAUAUAUUGUUGUGAUGUAUAAAGUUAGA